GCCAAUGAGAGCGAAGCGUUUCGACCAAUAGCUGUUCAGAUACAGUAAACGACGUGAGUUUGAAUUUGAAAACGUUUCAGCGAGGGAUUCAAUGUUGCAAGCUUACUUCAGCUCACCCUAAAAUCAAGAGUCCGCCAUGAAGUUUGAUAUGAACAAGGCGGGACCGCUUUUGGCAUGGAUAAACACCAUGUUUCCAGACAAGCAGCUCUCGGAGUUCAUUCCCACGAGAGAUGGGUUCACGCUCCUGAAGAUCUGCUUAAAAUUAAGAGGGAUGGAGAGCACUGAGGAUUAUAAGACUUUAUCCCUCUGUAAAAAAGUGGAAAUCAUCUUCAAUGUUUUGCGGGAUGACUUUGACCUCACCCAAAGACAAAGUUCACUCAUCUUACAGAAGAUCAGUGCAGGGACUGACCUGGAGCUCCAGCUGGCCAAGGUGGCGCUUCUGCUUUGUUACUGCACUUUUAAAAAGAGCAUCUUUCUCCCCAUGGAUUCGAAUAUAGAGUCGGAAAUUACAUCCAUGUUUCGUUUUAUCAAAGAUGACGCUGAUGGUCUGUCUUUAGACGAAGGCUUAGAUCAGUUUCUAGACCAAAACUCUGUUAUGAACGUUGUGAACUCCAGCAGUAUGAGCCGUGGCAGCUCUCUGUUAAACACAGAUGACGAGUCUCCGAUCGUGAGCCGGUUCCAGCGGCCUCCUAGAGUUCAGUUUCAAGAGCUUUGCACAGUGGCUUCCAGCUCGGAUCGCUCUCCAGUGCAGGACGUAAUGAGCACCCCACAUUUCCAGUUAAAAAAACUCCGGAAAGACUUGGCACAUGAGGGAGACGUGAGAGACGAGCUGGAGAAAGAACUGGCCGAUCAGAUCAGCAUCAUCUCAGAGAAAGAGGGUCUGAUUUCGCAGUUACAGCACAGGGUGGAGCGCAUGCUGCGGGAACAAGGAGAGCUGGAGAUGGACCAUAAAGCUGCGCUGCUGGAGCUCCAGGAGAAGAACGAGAGUCUUCUCCACAGAGUGCAUGAGGUUCUAAAGCAAUGCCAAGACUUAAAAACAGACAACUCCCAAAAAGAGAGAAAGAUUGAUGAACUGACAGAGGAGAAUGGAACACUUAAUGCACAGGUGCGAAACGCCUUCGCUCAGCUUGCGAGAGCCGAUGAGGAAGUUGCCAAACUCACGAUGGCUCACGAAUUGGCACAAACUGAGUGGAAGAGCAGAAAGGAAUUUUUGGAGAAGGAGUUAAAUGAGGCUGUUACACACAGGGAUUGUCUGAGUGAACAGGUUCAGAUCCUUCAGGGAAAGAUCUCCGUUCUGGAGGAUGAACUCCAGAAAGCUAAAUCUCAAGAGAAAGGAGAGGUUCUGGGGCCCAUCUUGGAGUGGGAGAAGCUUAAACAGGAGUUGGCAGAUCUGACUCUUAAACUCGCCCAGCUUCAGGACACUAUUUCCCAUCUUGAGAAGGAGAAGGCAGAAGUUGAGUCUUUGCUGGCUGAGGAGAGAGGCUCUUUUGAAAAGGAAACCAAAAGACUCCAAAUGGUGGUGUUCGAUCUGGAGCAGUCCAUCAAUAGCAUCCGUUUAGAGAGAGAAACAUUGCAGGAGGCUUUAUGGACACAGAAGGAAAUGCUUACUGCACAGAUAUCGGCUCUGGAAAGUGAUGUUUCUCGCCUACAACAGGUGGAAAUGCAGUUGACGUCAGAGAUAAAAAUCUCUGCUGACCUUCGCCAACAAAGAGAAGAACUGGAGGGGAAGGUUGCCUCUUUAGAUGAGAUGGUUAAUGCUCUUCACGCUGAGAUCCAGGGUUUAGAAGAGGAGAGAGCAUCACAGCAGGAUGCCCUGAAUGCCCUUAUCGUUGACUUGCAAAGCACCAGAGCCACCAUUCAGGAAUAUGAGAAGAAGCUGGAAGAGCAUCAAAAAGUUGUACAAGAAAAUGAAUCCCUGAAAAAGGAGGCAUGCACAUUGCAGCAUGAGCUUGAUGAGCAUCUGCAGACCAGUAGAGACCUUCAGGAGCAAAUACAUAUUCUCAGACAGGAGAAAACUGGGGAGGAGAAUAAAGUUAGUCAGGCUUUGGACAAAAUCGAAAGCCUCCGAAUGCAAAUUCUGGAUCUGUCCGAACAGAUUUCCCUAAAAGAUGAAGAAAUCAGAAAUCUGAGGAAUGAGUAUGACUCUUUAGGCAAUGAAUUAAAGCUUGUGAAGGAACAAAAUAUUGAGAUUAACGAAAUGAUCAGAUCAAAUCGCAAAGAGCAUGAGGAGACUGUUAAGAAACUUCAGCAAGAGCUUGACUCUGCUUCUUCAACUGCUUUAGAAAAACAAGAAGAAAUGCUGGUUCUCUCAGUGGAGGUAACAUCUCUUAAAGAGCAGAUCUGUCGUUACAGUGAAAAUGAAGUGCAAAAACAACAAGAAUUGUCUUUUUUAGAGGCACAGCACAAUGUGUUAAAGGAAAACAUGACAUCUAUUCAGAACCAGUUGGCUGAGGUGACCGCUACAGCUUCACAGAAGGAAUCUGAGCUCCACUUGCUUCAGCAGGAGCUUUGCCAUCAAGAAACCCUCAGAGAAAAAGCUCAGGAUCUUGAGAAAGCCAGACGCGAGGAGCUUGAGAGGACCGUGAGUGAACUUCAGGCCACAAUCCUAGAGGUCAACUCUCUUGUCUCACAGAAAGAAGCUUACCUAAGUUCUCUUCAAGAUGAGAUGAAGGAUCAGCAGUUGAGGGCCAAACAGUGUGAAGAUGAUCUACGCAAUGAGCUGAAGGAGAAGGUUGGAAAUCUACAGGAACUUCUAGACACUGCUAAUCGUGAUGCUGCAGACAAAGACCACCUUCUGCAAUCUUUGAAUCAGAAGCUGAAGCAGAUUGAAUUGCUGUGCCAACAGAAAGAGAAAGAUGUCAUUGAUAUACAUCAAGUGAAGGAAGACCAGGAAAAGAGGAUUACCGAACAAAAACAACUACUGGAUGAGUACCAGCAGAAUUUAGAAAUCUUGAGAAAAGAAAAAGACGAUCUCUCCACUCAAGGAUCAUCUCUCCGAGAGGAAAUCUGCCGUUCCCAGAAAGAAAUGUCUGUGUUACAGGCUGACCGCGACGUUUUGAAGGAAAAUCUGGCUGCUCUUCAGUAUCAGAUGGUGGAGCUGACAACCACAGUUUCCCAAAAGGAAUCUGAGCUCCUCUUGCUUCAACAGGAGCUUUCCUAUCAAGAGACCCUGAGAGAAAAAGCUCUGGAGCUUGAGACAAUCAAACGUAAAGAGUUUGAGAAAAAAGUGAGUGAGCUUCAGGCCAAAAUUCUAGAGGUCUCCACUCUCGCCUCUCAAAGAGAGGCUCAAGUAAUUUCCCUUCAAAAUGAGAUGAAGGAUCAACAGAUGCUUGCCAAACAGUCUGAAGAAGAUCUUCGCAGAGAGCAGGAAGAGAAAGUUGGCACCCUUCAAGGAGAACUAGAUAUGGUCAAUCGUUGUGCUGCGGAUAAAGAAAAACUGCUGGGCUCUUUGGAUCAAAAGCUUAAAGAGAUGGAAGAGCUUUUGCUUCAAAAAGAGAAAGAUGUCCUAGAAACACAUCAGGCAAAGGAGGAGCUGGAGAAGACGAUUGUUAAACUUCAUGUUGACAAUCAAGAGCUUUCCGAGCGCCUGCAGAAUCAGGAAAUAUUGAGGAAGGAAAGAGACCACUUGUCAACUGAAGUAUCCUGUCUUAAAGAUAAAAUUUGUGGCUACCAGGACACUGAAGUGCAGAAGCAACAGGAGAUAUCCGUUUUAGAGGCUGAACGCAACACAUUUAGGGAGAAAAUGGAUGCCCUUGAGAAGAAAUUGAUGGAGGAAACAACUGCAGCUUCACAGAAGCAAUCUGAACUUUUCUUGCUUAAAGACAAGGUUCACCAACAAGAGAUCCUUAGAGAAAAGGAUCAGGAACUUGAGACUGCCAAGCGUGAGGAACUUGAGAGAAUGGUUAGUGAACUUCACGUUAAAAUCCUAGAGGUCUCCACAUUAGCCUCCGAAAGGGAGGCUUGUGUUAAUUCUCUUCAAGAUCAGUUGACGGAUCAGUUGAAGGCUAAACAGUCUGAAGAUGAUCUCUGUAGUGUGCUGAAAGAAAAGGUUGAGAGCCUUCAGGGACAAUUGGAAACUGCCAGUCGAGACAUCUCAGACAAAGACCAACUUCUGCAGACUUUGGAUCAGAAGCUGAAGCAGAUGGAUCUGCUGUGCCAACAAAGAGAGAAAGAUGUCCUUGAUAUGCAUCAGGUAAAGGAUGACAUGGAGAAGAAAAUUGGUGAACUUGUUGUUGAGAAACAACAGCUGCUGGAGUACCAGCAGACUUUGGAAAUGGUGAGAAAGGAAAGAGACAUUCUGUCAACUGAAAUAACCUCUCUCAAAGAUGAAAUCCAAAAUUACAGGGAAAUGCAAGUGCAGAAGCAACAAGAGAUUUCGUAUUUAGAAGCUGAGCACAACACAUUAAAAGACAACUUGGCUUCUCUUAAGACGCAAGUGAUGGAGCUGACAACUACAGCUUCUCAGAAGGAAUCUGAGCUUCUGUUGCUUCAAAAUGAGGUUUGUGAUAAAGAGAACAUUGAAGAAAAGUCUCAGGAGCUUGAGAAAGAUGUAAGUGAACUUCAGGCUAAAAUCCUGGAGGUCUCCACUCUUGCUUCUGAGAGGGAAGCCCAAAUAAGUUCUCUUAAAGAGGAAAUAAAUGAUCAGCAAUUAAGGGCCAAACAGUCUGAAAAUGAUAUCCGCAGAGUGCUAGAAGGUAGGAUUGAAACCCUACAGAAACAACUGGAAACUACAAGUUGUGACAUUACAGACAAAGAUCGUCUUUUGGAGUCCUUGGAUCAGAAGCUGACACAGAUUAAUUUGAAUUGCCAGCAAAAGGAAAAAGAUGUCAUUGAAAUGCAACACUCAAAGGAAGCCCUGGAGAAGAGGAUCGGUGAGCUUCUUGUUGAGGAACAACAAAAACUUGAAAAGUACCAGCAGAAUUUGGAAACUGUGAGAAAAGAACGAGAUCACCUAUCAACUGAAGUAAGCUCUCUCAAAGAUGAAAUCCAAAGUUACCAGAAAAAUGAAGUGCAGAAGCAACAGGAGAUGUUUGUUUUAGAGGCUGAAUACAACACAUUAAAGGAGAACUUGGUUGCUCUUAAAAUUCAAGUGGUCGAUUUGACAACUUCAGCUUCUCAAAAGGAAUCCGAGAUUCAGAUACUUAAAAAGGAGGUUUGUGAAAACGAGAACCUUAGAGAAAGGGAUCAGGAGCUUGAGAAAGAUGUUAGUGAACUUCAGGCUAAAAUUCUAGAGGUCACUACUCUUGCUUCUGAGAAGGAAGCACAAAUAAGUUCUCUUAAAAAUGAAAUAAAUGAUCAGCAGUUAAGGGCCAAACAGUCUGAAGAUGAUCUACGAAGUGUGCUGGAAGAGAAGAUUGAAACCCUUCGUGGAGAAUUGGAAACUGGCAGUCAUGCCGUCUCCGACAAAGACCAACUUCUACAAACUUUGGAUCAGAAGCUGAAGCAGAUGGAUCUGCUGUGCCAAGAAAGAGAGAAAGAUGUCCUUAAUAUGCAUCAUGUAAAUGAUGACUUGGAGAAGAAGAUUGGUGAGCUUGUUGUUGAGAAACAACAGCUGCUGGAGUGCCAGCAGAAUUUGGAAAUGGUGAGAAAGGAAAGAGACAUUCUGUCAACAGAAAUAACCUCUCUCAAAGGUGAAAUCCAAAAUUACAGAGAAAUUGAAGUGCAGAAGCAACAGGAGAUUUCAUCUUUAGAGGCUGAGCACAACACAUUAAAAGACAACUUGGCUGCUCUUAAGACACAAGUGAUGGAGCUGACAAUUGCAGCUUCUCAGAAGGAAUCUGAGAUUACGUUGCUUCAAAAGGAGGUUUGUGAUAAAGAAAACUUUAAAGAAAAGGCUCAGGAGCUUGAGAAAGAUGUAAGUGAACUUCAGGCUAAAAUCCUGGAGGUCUCCACUCUUUCUUCUGAGAGGGAAGCACAAAUAAGUUCUCUUAAAAAGGAAAUAAAUGAUCAGCAGUUAAGGGCCAAACAGUCUGAAAAUGAUCUCUGCAGAGUGCUGGAGGAGAAGAUUGAAACCUUACAGAAGCAACUAGAAACUACAAGUUGUGACAUUACAGAUAAAGAUAAACUUUUGGAGUCCUUGGAUCAAAAGCUGACACAGAUGAAACUUAAUUGCCAGCAAAAGGAGAAAGAUGUUCUUGAGAUCCAACACUCAAAGGUAGACCUGGAGAAGAGAACUGAUGAGCUUCUUGUUGAGAAACAACAAAAACUUGAGGAGUACCAGCAGAAUUUGGAAACCGUGAGAAAGGAACGAGAUCACCUAUCAACUGAAGUAACCGCUCUCAAAGAUGAAAUCCGAAAUGAUCAGGAAGAGAAAGUACAGAAGCAACAGGAGAUUUUAGUUUUAGUGGCUGAACACAACACAUUAAAGGAGAAUCUGGCUUCUCUUAAGAUGCAAGUGGUGGAGUUGACAACUUCAGCUUCUCAAAACGAAUCCGAGGUUCAGAUGCUUAAAAAGGAGGUUUGUGAAAACAAGAACCUUAGAGAAAGGGCUCAGGAGCUUGAAAAAGAUGCUAGUGAACUUCAGGCUAAAAUCUUAGAGGUCUCUACUCUUGCUUCGGAGAGGGAAGCUAAAUUAAAUUCUCUUAAAGAUGAAAUAAAUGAUCAGCAGUUAAGGGCCAAACAGUCUGAAGAUGAUCUCCGCAGAGUGCUGGAAGAAAAGAUUGAAACCCUUCAGGAACAAUUGGAAACUUCCAGUCGUGGCGUCUCAGACAAAGACAGAGUUCUGCAGUCUUUGGAUCAGAAACUGAGGAAGAUGGAACUGCUGUGCCAACAAAGAGAGAAAGAUGUCCUUGAGAUGCAUCAGGCUAAAGAGGACCUAGAAAAGAGGAUUGUUGAGAUUAAUGUCGACAAACGUCAACUUGAUGGGUACCAGCAGAGUUUGGAGAUGCUGAAGCAAGAAAAGGACCAACUGAGUUCUCUCAAGGAGACUCUCCAGAGGGAGUGUGACGCCUCCCAAAAGAUUCGAGCUGAGCUGGAGUUGAUGGUAAAAGAGCAAAAUGUUUCUAUCCUUGCUCUUAAAAAGGAUUCUCAAAAGUGUGAGGAAAAGAAUCAGGAACUCCUGGAGCAGCUGAAGACCAAGUCAGAAGCAGUAGAACACUACAAAGCACAGGUGGAGAAGGCCAAGAAUCACUACAAUGGUAAAAAGCAGCUGCUGGUGGAAGCUCAGGAGCUCAACAAAGCUCUCGAGCAGUCGUUGGAGGCCAGCAAGAGGGAAGUCAAAGAUCGGGAGGUGGAACUGGCAUUGGCUCGCAUUGAACUAGACCAGGCGCACACCAAAGAGAAGAAACUUGCGGCCAAAGUGAAAAGCUUACAGGCACAAGUGGACUUUGCUGACAGGCAACUGCGAGAGAAGAGGACGAUGACGGAUGACAAAGAGAACAUGAGAAACAGAGAAAGUCUGUACAUCAGAGUCCCAGAAAAACGGCAGGACACGAGUACAGACAGCUUGGAGUUUGAGCUGAAUGAUUCACUCAAUGCUAACAGUCAUUCUGCAGUACCGGGUGAGUCCAGCACUCCACUGGUUCGUAGCUCUGAGCGCUUGGCUGCUAAACGUCGUGCCUUGGGGGCCGAAUCCCUGGAGACUCUUUACUUCACGCCUUUGAGUCAACAAGGCAAAAUGCGUAAAGGGUCCCACCAUGAUGCCUUUGAACACAAACUAGAGUCCAGCAUCACUUCCAUUGACGAUUUUGCAGUUGACUCUGCAAAGAAGUUGACCGCUUCGGCUCGAAGGCGACAUACUACGCAAGUUAUCAACAUCACCUUGGCUAAGGCAUCAGGAAGUGCUGAAGAAGAGGAGUCGUUUUCUAGUCUGCACUCUGCCCGAUCUCAGCCCAACUUGGCAGUUCAGCAUUCACGGCCGUUCUCCAUGGACUUCUCUGAGGAAAGUGCUGCAACUUUAUCGAAAGCAGACACCCUUCAGAAUCUGCCUGGAUACCGCAGAAGCACCGUGCAAAACGUUAACCCACCAAGGGCCACCAGUACAUUCUGUAUUGGCGCAGAGAAUGAACCAGAACAUGUUUCUGACGACUGGAUGCGCAUCGCAGAAUUGCAGACACGAAACAAAGCCUGUCUGCCCCACUUAAAGAGCAGCUACCCGCUGGAGUCCAGGCCUAGUCUGGGUCCCUCGUUCACCGUAACGGACGAGGACCUGCGUUUGGGAGACCCGGAUGAGACGAUCCGACGUGCGUCCAUGAUGCCAAGUCAGAUCCUGGAGUCCCUGAACUCUCGCCGCUUCUCUCUUGCACCGAGCUCGAGCCAGAGCUCAGCAAACUCCCAGCCUCAGCGUGCCACCAUGUUGCCGGGUCAGAUCCGGUCCAGCACUGCUGCUCACCGGGCCGCUCAGCUCACAAAAACAAGCUCACGUGCUUCAGAAAGUAAACGCAGCCCAUUGGCUCCCAAACGGCCUGGAUCCCAACUGCAAGGUCCAGACACACCUGAGACAAAGAAGUUGGCAAGUUGCUUCCCACGACCAAUGACACCUAAAGCCAGGUUCGGCAACAGUCAAAACAGACCUCCAAAGUCACCGGCCGAGCGAAGGCAAUCUCUGAUGUUCACUGUUGAAAAUACUCCAAAGAACAGCGGUCGUGGUGACAGCAGGCUCCAGCGUGGGCUCAACAAGCUGCGUAACAGCGCACGCAAAUCUCCCGCCGUGGCCAGUCGUGCCCUGCGUUCGGCGAUGGGUGCCAAGUCUCCUCUGGACUCCACUCGGAGAAAAUCUCCCCGAAACAAGUCGCCCAAAUCCUCCAAUGCCAAAAAGGAAACACAGUGACUUGCUGCGCUGCUGAUCUAUGCCUAAGUAUUUAACUAUGAAGUUCAGGGUUAAGGUUUAAAUUGGAGGAUUCAACUGCAAAGUCAUCAGUUCCCUUUUUCUUUUUUAUUUGUUUAUCUUUUCUCUUUUUAAUUAAGUUAUUUUUAUUAUGGGAUGCAGUGGUCAUAAUUACUGUCCUGUUUAUGUUACUGGUUGUAUAAUAUUUAAAUGUAUUCCUUGUACUGUAAUAAAGUCUUCUGUAUCAAAUCUUUGACAGGUUUAUCAGCCAUUACUACAUAGAAGCAGUUUAUGUAUGAUUAUAGAAAACUUUCUAUUAAAAGUUUAUAUACAUCAA